UUUCACGUGCCGAUUCACCCAUCCACAUUCAAGAAGCCGUCCAACGUCGGACAGCACUGGACGACGACUGUAACGACGAAUCGACAGAUCGUCAACUUGCAUCGUUAUCUCGGUGAAGCUGUCCUGCCAUGGCAACGAUGUUGCACUCGUUGCGGUUCGUCCGGAGACUCAACGCCGGCUGCAGGAGGUUAGGAGUGAGUGCGCUCCACCGGGCACCAACCGCAUCCUUGACAGCAUCCCAGAGGAAUUAUGUAACCAAUGCCGCCACAGCCAGGCGAGACUUCGACGGCUCGACCAACGUGGACGACCUACUCCGUGAAAUCGACCGCAAAUCCAAAAGGUUCGGCUUCGUUUUCAAAUGGGAUCUGGAGCAAGUGCUCCAGACCGUCAGUUAUAGAGGUACCAUGACGUCCAUGCAGGCUCUGCUGUUGAUUAGAUGCUGUGGCUUUUUUAUGAUACGAGAAUCCAUUGAAACGAGGCAGUCGUAUGUAAACAGGGUUUGGGAUGUAGCCAAGAGUCUAAAUGUACCAAUGGACGUGUCUCACUACAAUGCAUUGUUAUUGGUCUAUUUGGACAACGACACUGAUUUCUCGCCACUGGAGAUUUUAGUUGAAUUAAAAGAGAAAAAUAUAACACCAAACCGUGUAACUUUCCAAAGAUUGAUAGAACAGUAUUGUAAAAAGGGAGAUAUUGCUGGAGCAACGAAAAUUUUGGAGCACAUGAGUGAACAUGACAUACCGUUAAACGAAAGUAUAUUUAACUCAUUGAUAUUAGGCCACUCAUCGGCUGACGAUGUACCCAGCGCACUCAAAAUUUUAGAUAUAAUGAAACAAGCUAAUGUGGAACCAACCUCAAGAACAUAUGCAGCUAUAAUGUGUGUGCACGCUAAGCAAGGCGAUAUAGGAUCUAUUAAGUCUGUUUUAGAUGAAUGCCGAAACAAAGACAUUACUUUUACAGACAAAGAAAUUUUGGACGUUAUUUAUACGCUAGCUAUCAAUAAACAUGAAGAUUACGUUGAUGAGCUGCUGUCUAAUGUGGAUAAAAGUUCAAAUUACAAUAGAAAUACAAUAACGGCUAUUUGUAAGUUGUUGGACAAGCAUGAAGAUCACGUAGCUUAUAAAUUACAGAAAUCUUUGGUAAAAGUUUCGAGCAACUAUUCAGAUGAAUUCAAAUCUGAUGGUCAACUUUUCUUAAAAAAAUUAAUCACUAAUACUAGCGAUGUAAAUACUAUUAUCAAAUAUUGCAAUCUCAUGGUUGAAGAAAACGUAAAUACGUCAGCUUUUGAAAAUGCUUUAUUCUUUGCUUAUAAGAAUAACUUGCCUCAUUUAGCGUUUCCUCUACUCAAAGCUAUGAAAAACGCAGGCAGAGAUGUGAGGGAACACUAUUUUUAUCCAAUUUUAGUUGCAAACAACAAAAGUAAUAAUUUUCAAGGUACUUUCAGUACUGUAAAAACAAUGAUGACUGACUUUGGGAUAUCACCACUCAUACUUACUAUAAAAGAUUAUGUAAUACCAUACAUGGUUGGCGAUUAUAUAAGUAAUUUAACAACUUUAAUAAAUAACAAUUUGUCAUUUUCAACUGCUACAAAUGCCAUACUUCUUCACUUGCUUGAAAAUAAUAAAAUUCGUCAAGCAGUAAAAUUUAUUACAAAUACACAAAUGUUAUGCAGAGUAAAAUUAUUAGAAAGGCCACUUAUACAAGCUUUUUUGAGUACUAAAGAUGUGAAUAGUCUUGUAAAAAUAUUGCAUUACAAUGUAUGCACGUCAGGUAAGAAACCAGAGGAACAAAAUAAUGUUGAGCAGGAUGAAGACACAAAGAAUUUAUACAAUCCUUAUAAAUUGGUCAACUAUGUGAUAAGCGAAAUAGUCAAAGAAUUAUCUUCAUAUGAUAUAGAAGUAAUAUCUAAUAUUCUCCAAGAACUCUUGGACUCGGGUAUAGCCCUCGAAAGAGCUACAGUUGAUCAAAUAAAAAAAAAAUUAGGAAAAAGCAUUACAUCUGAAAUAGAAAACAAUUUGACGCUCUUAACGUCUGAAAACUUGAAACCUAUGCCAUUAAAGAAAAAUACAAAUGUGAAAGAACAACAAUUCAGGUCUAAAAAUUUGAGCUAUCUUGAAGAGAAAGCAGAAACAUCCAUUGAACACAAAAUGAUGUUGGUACAAGAGCGAGCUAAGUUGAUGAAUCUUGCAGCAGUUGAAAAGUUACAAAAGGAGCUGGAUGAGCAAAAUCCUACAUAUUCAAUUGGCUAUUGUGCAUCCCUUAUGGAAUUUUAUUCGAAAGCUGAAAAUGUCGAAGAAGCGGACAAAUGGUACAAACGUUUGCAAGAAGUUGAUGCCAACAUUAGCCUAGAUAAAGCAAAGGUCUUGAAUUAUGCUAACGUAUUAGUAAAAAGUGAUCGUUGGAUGGAUGCAUUAAAUAUACUGGAACACUCAGUACGAGAUGAGGAUACUAAUAGAGAAAAAGCGUGUGAAAGAUUGUUGAUCACCGUUAGUAAAAUAUGCCCAGACCAAAUGGAAACGUUUUUUAAAAAAUUAUUAGAUCGUAAACUAAUCACUGAAGUUACUGCAACUAUGUUGAGCCCCAUCAUUAAAUAUCAUCUUAAUGCGGGUGAUUUAGAGAAAGCAUUAGAGAAAUUCAAGUGGGCUUGCAACACUUAUAAAGUCACACCUCACAAAUCUGGAUUGAUGACAAAAUUAAUACAAAAUGAAGAUGCCAAGACUUUACAAGAUGUGACUGGACUUUGCACACAAAUUUAUGGCGAAUCAAAUGCUUUGUUUGAUCUCGCCGUUUGUUUCUUUGAAUGUGAUAGGCCUAAACAGGCGAGAAAAAUCUUGGAGACUCCAGGCUUACGCAUUAAACCAGAUAGAGUCAGAUAUACAGCCAGUAAUUAUGCUUAUAAUCACGAGACAGAGCAAUUAGAAAAGUUCAUUAAACUUGUCAGUGGCUUACGAUAUGAACAUAAUCAACUCUACAAUAUGCUAUUAGAUUUAUAUGAGAAAGAAAAUAACUGGGAAAAGAGUUUGGCUCUUUGGACUCAAAUGCAAGAGGAUAAUGUUCAACCCUCUGUCAAGUUUAUGAAUCAGUUGGAAAAUAUACUUAGAACCAACAAUCAGGCGGUACCAAUAGCAAAAUCUGAAGAGGCACAAGUUUUUGAAAGCUCUGUUGAAAAUUUUCGGAAAGCUAUAGAGAAUGGACAGAUAUCGGAAGCAAAAGAAAUUUUAGUCAAAAUACCUGAAGAUAUCAGAAGUAACUAUUUACUUCAAUUAAUUGAUCAUUAUCUCGAUGUAGAAGAUAUAGAUGAAGCUUUGAAAAAUUUGAAAGACUUUUGGGAAAUGCAACACAAAUCGGAACCUCCGUUUCAAAGAACAGUGUCUAGCAUUCUAGAAAAAUUAAUAAACUCGAAUGACUUUCAAAACAUUUUUCAAGUAAUGAUAGAUACGAAACAAUUCUGUAAAAAGAGAAACCAAAACUUUACGUUCACAUAUACUUUAAAUAAAACGUUUUAUGAAUCUAACAAAUACGAAGAUUUAUUUGAUUACAUGGAAAAAUUAUUAAAUGAUAAGGCUGUAGCAGAAAAUAUAGCACUUAUGUUCCAUUCUACAGUAGCAGUACAAUAUUUACUUGACAAGCCAGAAUUUGAAGAAAAGUUUAAAAACUUUGCAUUUAAAGCCUCAGAAUAUAACGUAAACGGACCACUAAACACACUGUGGAUACAUAAAUUUUUGAGUAAUAGCCCUGAUACUGAAAGCUUUUUCAAAGAGCAUUUAAAUGUAUUUCAAAGCAUAAAUGCCAUGUAUGCUUGUAAAGAAACAGGAGCUUGGAAUAAAAUGCCCGAAUUGUCCAAGUUUUUAACAGAAUCUAAUAUUAAAUACGACAACAAACGAAAAAAUGUAGCAAUGAUGCUAAGACUUAUUGAGAAUGCUGAUAUACCAAACAAGUAUAAUAUAGCAUUUGAAUGUUUGCGUAACGUAGUGAAAGUUGUUCCUUUGAAUGCUAUAAAUAAAAAUUUAAUUAAUCCAAUAGAGGAAAAUUGUGAAGAUAAAGAAGCUUUCGAAGCGUUACGCACAGAUGGAGAAAGUAAGCCGAGAAGUCAAGAAGCAGCGACUGGUUAG